CGGAGGAGAACAAAGAAAUCAGAGUCUAUUUAAAGAGAAGUCGCCUCGGAUCCCGCAGCCGUGUGCACCUCUCCGCUCUCUGCUGCGUCCAGACCUGCCUCCCUUUGCGCGCCUCCAGCUCCGGACGGACGGCGGCCAGGAUGCGGACUUCUCUGGCUCUCUGCUGCUGCCUGGUCGCGCUGCAGUGCUUCCACAGCUCCAUGUGUGCUCCGGUGCGAGGAUCCAGCAGGUACAAAGUGGCACCGGUCUCUGAAAAGUUCCCGGACCUGAAGAAGAGAGGAAAAGUUUCUCACGCUCAGGAUUUGGUCAAGGAGGCGAGUACGUCGACCAACCACUCUAACACGUGGAACCGACCUCGGUGCGGCGUACCGGACUUCCCCACCCAGAAGGAGGUGCACUACCGGGGGCGACACCGCCAGAGACGCUUCGUCCUGCACGGAGGACGUAUGGACAAAACGGACCUCACCUACAGGAUCUACCGGUUUCCCUGGCAGAUGGGCGAGCAGAAGGUUCGGCGAGUCUUCAGGGAGGCGCUGAAGAUCUGGAGUGACGUCACGCCGCUCACCUUCACCGAGAUCCACAGCGGGAAGGCCGACAUCCGCAUCAACUUCGCCAGCUACUGGCACGGAGACAACCUGCCCUUCGACGGCCCGGGUGGGAUCCUCGCUCACGCCUUCUUCCCCAAAACGCACCGACAAGGCGACGUUCACUUCGACUACGACGAGUCCUGGACCCUCGGAAACCACAUGGGUACAGACCUUCUCCAGGUUGCCGCCCAUGAGUUCGGGCAUGUCCUGGGCCUGCAGCACUCCCGUGAGCGGGGAGCCAUCAUGUCCGCAUAUUAUUCCUUUUCCUACCCGCUGAGGCUGAGCGAGGACGACAAGCGAGGCAUCCAGUACCUGUACGGAGCUCGUCCGCGAGUCCUGCCCUCGCCGCCGCCACCAGCGCCGCCACCUUCAAACCCAGAGACCAACGAGAUCAUCACUAGUCCCGACGCCUGCCAGACGGACUUUGAUGCCGUGUCUAUGAUCCGAGGGGAGCUGUUCUUCUUCAAGGCGGGCUACGUUUGGAGGAUCAGGGACGGGCAUCUGGAGAGCGGCUACCCGGCGCUGGCGUCCCGUCACUGGAGGGGGAUUCCCGACAACAUCGACGCCGCCUUUGAAGACAAGUCAGGGAAUAUUUGGUUCUUUCAAGGUGCGAACUACUGGGUGUUCGACGCUGAGAUGCAGAUCAGAGGUCCGGAGUCCAUCAGGAAAUUGGGUCUGUCUGUGUCGGGGAUCCAGGCAGCGCUGCGCUGGGGCCACGACUCCAACUACUACACCUACUUCUUCAAGUCAGGCAGCUACUGGAGGUUCAGCCCCUAUCAGAACCAGGUCGAGUCGGUCUACCCUCGCAGUAUGCAGGACUGGAGCGGCAUCCCCAACGACGUGGACGCUGCCUUCAGGGACAGCUACGGCUACGCUCACUUUAUCCGAGGACGACAGUACUGGAAGUUCGACCCCGUUGGCAUGAACUCUUUGGAGGGCUACCCUCGCUUCAUCGGCAUGGAUUUCUUCGGCUGUAGAAGCGUUUGAGUCUUCACCUGUCGGAUAAUCAGAUUUUUUUUUCUUUGACAAUGAAGAGGAGUUUUUGGAACAAAAGACGUUUUAAUCAUUUUCGGAUUCAAGAGGAUGAGACUUUUAAAUCUGUUUAUGCUUCACUCCAUUUAUUGAUACUCAGAUCAAUUACACCUUCUCAGGAAAAACCAAGUUAUGGUCCCUCAGACUUGGCACCUCCUGUGCAGCUACGCUCAUAUUUAUUUUGCACAUUUUUGUCACCGUAAGGCUGAGAUCUGGGCCCUGUGUUAAUGCUGUGUUGAUGCUGAUGUGAACAGCGUCUCUCUCCUUUCUUUGAGCCUGAAAGAGAGAUUUUGGUUCACAGGCAGAACCGAUGUAGACUGUCUUACUCUCUGUAGUCAGUGUUUUCCAUUUCAGCUGGUUUGUGUUUUCAUCAUGGAUGGACUCGCUGGUCCGAGAGUGUUUGAAGAGUGACAUCAAGGUAAAUCCAUAAUGGCCAGGUGUGUACGUUCACUUCUAAACAAAGAAAUGACUAAACAGUUAACAAGUUCAGCUUCUUUGAGGAUGCAACUGCACAUGAAGCUGACUUUCCUGCCAACAUGAUUCACACUUUCCACAAGUCAGACACAGAUUGACCAAUCUGCGUUUGAAGAAUUUGGGUUUUGUAGCCCUGAAUCAAAUCUCUUAGGCACUCUCCUGCUGUCUUGUGUCAACAACAGUCAAAUUUCUGCCCCAAUUUUUACAGAAUUUCCAAAAUGCGAAGAUCAUUAGGAAUAUGAUCUUUAGGAUUUGAUAUAAGUAGAUGCACCAGUUCUCCAGAUGGUUGCCAUUUAACUGUUGCAUAAGAAGAGUGAACACUGCAUAACCAUUUGCAUUUACCUCUAUUUCAUGUAUUAGUUAUUGGAGGAAGUUUCCAAUCACCUGCUUCAUAUUUUUGAUGAUGUAUUUACUUGUUUCCAUUGCACUUUACCGAUACACCAACUUCUCCACCUCAGCUAGGCGCUAAAAGACUUUGUAAUACUUGGACAUUCUGGUGCUUCCACUCUGUUUUUGGUUUUUCAUGGCACAGAUUUAAAAUAUGCAACAAUGGAACAAAGACCUGAAGAGUCCAAAAGCCCUUUCAUUGCCAAAUGAAAAGCCAACACAGCUACUACAGUUUUUUCUUACCAAUCUUGCAAUGAACAGGUGACUUUCCACUUCAGGAACUCAACACAGACAUAAAGUAGUAUCUAAGAAUGGCUCUCGAAUGGACCCUUUUGUUUUUGUUUAGGUGUAGGAUCCAACAAAUCCAACUAUGACUUUAACUCUGAAGUGUGCAAAAACAGCCUCUAAUUGUAGUUACCCGACGUAAUUCCAGUUCUAUGUAGGAAAUAGAACAUUGGAGGUUUGUUAUGUUGGUCUAGAUGGGGAUUCUACAUCGUUAAUGGUAAUAAUAGAUGAUAAAAAGACUGGAGAAGGACAUCAAGGACAGAAAAAUGCUGCUUGUUGUUCUCUCCGAGUUAAACCAAUCAUCAUUUCAUAAGUUUUUUAGGGUCAUCUAGAAGUACCUACCUUGGAGUUUGAGCUUUUUUUCCCCUCUUGAAAUACACCCAGAUAACGGUUCUAUUCUUGGAGUCAGAACAGGAACAAAGGUUUAGCCCAUCUUAAAGUUGACAGAAGGUUCCUGCAAUACAAAACCACCUCUUGAAACUCACCACAACCAAAGGUAGCAACAGACAUGCUAAUUAGCUUUGCUGUAUCGCUUUCACACAUUUCAUGUCCAAAAGAGUCUGUAAAAACUUGAUGUUUGACAGAGAUUUGUUACAGUUGAGGUAGAAAAGCCUAAACCUAACUCAGGUGUGUUUUACCGAAUAUAAAGUCCUUCUCAUGAACUGUACAGGAAAGAUGGAUGUAGCCAUCUUAGUAUCACCCAUUGGUUUGAUGAGUUUUGGUUAUUUGGUCGGUACUGUCUUGAUUUCACCUCGUCUAAAACAUACAGUCUUUUUCAUCCAUUUCCAUCUAAAUGGAACCAUAAUUUAUUAAAUGAACCCCCAGCUGUAUUGAAGGACCCUUGAAGUUAGCGAUUGAGACCAUAAACCCAUUAGAAAAAUGUUUACGGAGAUGAAAGACCAAAUGAGUUCAUCCAUCUCAGAUCAGAGUCCUUCAGCUCAACCAUCUCCAAUCUGUUUUAUUGUAAACUGUGGAUCUUUAAAAUGGUAUCUGUGGAGUUUUAGAUCAGCAUAUCAAAUACUUCACAAGAUCAUUUGCAAAAAAAUGCCUGUUGACCCACUUUCAGUAGGUUUUCCUCACAUUUAAGUUUGAUUCUGUUUGAAUGCCACCAUCUCAGGAACUAUUAAAGAUAAAAAACUGAAUUUUUCACUGUUAUUUCUCAUCAUGACUGAUUUCUCUGGUGUAUUUUGAGAACCAUUCUGAAACUGCACAUUUCUGCUCUACUUGGAUUAAACAGCCUGUUCAAUCGGUUAUGAAAGUUCAACAAAAAUAACUUUAUUUCAAUUUUAGUGACAAAAUAUUUCAAAUUUAAACUAUAUUAUUGUGACAUUUAGCUACAUGUGGUUCAGAAAAUAUCCCUAGUUGGCUUUUGUUAAAUCAGCUUCUUCAUUAAUGUCCUUAAAGAUGAGACUUUUUCAUGACCACUUGAAUUUUUUUCAUAUUUCAACUCACCAAUAAUUAUAGAUUAUUUGAUCUACUUGUCCAAUAUUAAUAUCUGUAAUAUUACAGAUUCUAAAUCAAUGUCAUGAGAAAUAACAGUGAAAAAAAUCAGGUUUCUAUCUUAAAUAGUUCCUGAGAUAUUGUUGUUCAAACUGCAAAAAAAUACUGAAAGUAGCAAAUUUUAUAAUGCUUUUAUUUUGAAAAGUAUAAAAUAUCUUAAUCUAAAACUUUACAAAUAUCUUUAUAAAUAUUUGUAUUUUUUGCUACAAAAAUCUAAGGCAAAUCAGACAUAGCUGAGUAGAUAUUGUCCUAAAUAUUUGUUUGUCUCUUAGACUUCUGCACAAUCUGGCUUUGUUUUUGAUGCAACAUCCAUCUUUUCCACACAGUUUAUGGUCCAUCCUCCAAGGUUAAUCAUGAUGAUUUUCUGCCAUUAAUGGUCAUUUUAGUGUGUUUCAAGCAUUUCAUUUAAACAGUUAAACACUUAAAUUCCCUUUAUGCACCAAUUUGUGCCUUUUCUGCUGCAAUUAACGGUGGAAAUGUGUCAAAGAAAACACAAAAAUUCAGUCAAAAUGGGUAAAUUUUCACAGUAAAACCUGUUCGACGUUUUUAAUGGGGGGAGAAAAGCACAAAUGCUCUAAAUAUUGAGAGCAUCCUCCCUGAAAUCUAUGCUGAUGGUUUCCAGUGUCGUUGGACGGAUAUAAAACAUAAAAAGCUUCAGUUUUCUGUCUCAGCUGCUGAUAACUUGACUGAUCUGUCUUUAACUUUGACGUCUAAAGAAUAACUGAGGCGGUAAAAGGUGCUUCCUGGUGUCACUCUUCUAACACGGCGCCGUGAAGCUCCUCGGUUGUUGAUUUCCACUCACCAGUUUGCAAGAGAAGCUGCAGGGCGCCCCCGAGAGCGCCUCGCCGGUCACCUCUGAUGAAGUUGAUGCUCAUCUGAACCAUGGUGCUCCGUUCUACUGACCGCUGAGGCGUUCAGGGACGCCGGCUGCUGUGGGAAUCGGCGCUUCUAAAACCCGGUCGGUCGCAAAAACGGCCUUCAGUUGUCACCAAAUUCUGCUUUCCAGGACAAAUAUAGUCAGUAAUGAUGUAGAUGAAGUAGCUGGAGGCAGCGGUGGAACAUAUUUUAAUUUUUCUACAACUUUCAGAGACAGAUAUUUCCAUAAUUUAUCUCUUCUACGUUCAUUUUCAUUGCUGUAUUUCACUUUAAUAAGCACAGAAGAAGCUUAAAAAUGCAGCAGAUCAAAGAUAAAUCCUAAAUCUUAGCAUCCAUAAACCAGGAGAUGACACAGCAUGUCAGGUUUAACACAUAAACACUGUUUUCAUUUGAAGAUUUAGUGCUCGUUUUGUUGUGGAGCUUUUUAAAUAUCAUCCUCAGUUAAUUUUUCCAGAUGUGAACAGCAUCUUUUAUUGUGUGUGUGUGUGUGUUUCUUGCAGAAAUUUCUCAACUUAUUCAAUUUAAAUGUUUUUUCAAGGCUCCAAAAGGUCAAAUUAAACAAUAUUUUACUGACAACUUAAUUAUUAUUAAAGUAUAAUUCAAUUAAAUUCCACAACCAUUAUGGAACUGUUUAAAAAUCAUCCUCAGUUAAUGUUUUUUUUUUUUUUUAAUUUAUAACUAUUCUAGCCCCAAGAAGAUAAAAUUGAACAAUAUUUGACAUAAAAUUUAAUUAUUAUUAAAUUUUAAAAAUACUUCAAGGCUCUUAAAGGUUCAAUUAAACAUUAUCUUAGAUCAAAUUUAAAUAUUAUUAAAUUGUAAAUAAAUUAAAUUCUAAGAUCAUUGUGUAACUAUUUAAAUAUGAUCUUCAAUUAAUGUUUUUUUGCUUUGUUAAAUAACUAUUCCAGACCCAAAAAGGUAAAAUUCUAAAAUAUUUUGCAUAAAAUUUAUUCAUUAUUAAAUUAUAAAUGAAUUAAAUUUUCACAUAAUUGCGGAGAUAUUUAAAUGUCAUCCACAGUUCCUUUUUUUCCAGAUGUUAAAAGCUUUUUCCCCCACAGUUAAUGUUUAUUUUUUCCUUUGUUAAGUAAAUAUUCCAGUUCCAGAAACAGAACUACACGAUGUUUUCCCAGAAGAAUGCAUGAAAUUAGUAUAAAUUUGUGCAUUACCAGUUGUUUUUAUCUUAGUUUGACUCAUUUAAAUCAUGCUUGCCGUCACUUUUUGACAUUUUAGAAGAAAUUUAAUUGGAGUUUUUAAAACUUCAGCAGCUUUAAGUCAAACAGAGUCUCCAGUAAAACGCUGCUCAUGCAUUCAUACUUCAGUACUAAUUUAAAAACAUCCUGAGAGUCGUUCAUUUUGACCCGUAAAGCACAGUUUACUGACAUUUCUGUACUGUAACUUGACCUUCACUCAUGAUAUCUUUACAUUACUUAUGGCACGUUGUCCACCGCUGCAGCUGCUGCAUUAAAGGACCGUUCUAAAUUCAUGCCGCGUCCUCGUUGGGGCCGCCUCCCCCGGGUUGAGAACCUCCGCUCCUCCUCCAGUCGUCUCCUGAACUGUGAAGGCUCGGUCCAGACUGUGGUGAGACGUUUCAGUGCAGGACGCUGACCAGUCGCUCCGGUUUUCAUCUGCGGAACAUUUCAAACUGCUUUAAGUCGUAUUUAUACACGAACCACUCGGCAGAAGCACGUCUCUGUACAUAAACGUCUCUGACCAUUAUUUUUUAAUCACCUGUAGCCUCGUGUCUUUGUACUGUGUAUUGUUUCUGUUUUUCUAAGUCACGUAUAAUAAAUUCAUAAUCUUUUUACCAAA